AUGAAGCUUUACCUUUCAAAGUUAUUAACACUUGCCCUUUUUCUCGUGGAGCCGGCAGCAGCCGCUUGGAGUUACGACUGCAAAAGAAUUUCUUUCGCAGAGAGUGAUGUAGAGAAAGCGAUUGCUCUAGCAGUCGAAAAUGGGGUACCAAUGGUGGAAGUCAAAAAUCUUCGUAGACAAUCACGAUAUAGGGUCUUUCUUGAAUCGAUUUCUGGUAGUCCUGGUGUGUCAAGUUAA